GGUAACUAGAUCUUAUCUUGCCUGCAAGAAUUCCUCCCACACAUUCUGCAGUUUCAGCUCCACCCCCUCACCCAUUGACCUCAAGUCAUUAUAAGCUACAUGUAUAAGAUGGAGGAAACAGUUGUGUACAAAACUCCUAUUGGAGCAUUGAAGCUUGUAGCUAAUGAUGAAGGAAUGUGUGCUGUGAAAUGGCUGUUUGGAAAGCACUCUGUUCUAACUCGGAAUGAAAGCCCUGACACCGUUGGAAAGGCAUCAGCUGACUCUUCAAAAGCUCAGGAGCAUCUGAGAGCUUGUCGGAAAUGGUUAGAUGCUUACUUUGAUGGAUCUCUAUUGGCUGUUAAGCCUGCUAUCCCAAAACCUCCUUUGGUUCUUCCAGAUAAAAGUCCCUUCUUUCACAGUGUGUGGGAGACUCUACUGUCUAGUGGUGUAGGAGAGACACUCACUUAUAAAGAUUUGGCAGGACGCUCUGGGAAACCAACUGCUGCAAGGGCUGCUGGCAAUGCAGUCAAGAGUCACAGUCUACCUAUCCUGGUGCCCUGUCACCGGGUGGUGAAGAGUUCUGGUCAACGUGCUGCAAAGAAAAGUGUUGGAGUGUGUGCCCCAUAUGAAAUAGGACAGUAUAGUGGAGGAGAUGGGACAGAAACAAAGCAAUGGCUGCUAGCUCAUGAGCAAGCAAUGAUAAAACAGAAACUAUGAGCUACUUCACUGAGACCA